GCUGUUGCAGCAAUCGCCAACUCCAGGCGACUCCGGUAUCCAUCCGCCUGGCACAUUCAAUUUGUUCUUCCCUGUGCCUUCUCUCUGUCUGUCUGUCUGUCUGUCUGUUGCCUACUGUCUGUCACCUCCUUCGAUACACACUCGUUUUAGACGGCUCUUUUUUGGCACAUGACGUUCGUUUUUGUUUAUACCAUCCCACUUAGCGCAUCUCUCAGUGUCUAAAUCCCGACAUCUCGGGCCCGUUGUUGGCUCCUAGCUGGUUUGUUUUGCUGCUGCUCUCGACGCUGGCGAAACAGGGGGUGAUUUUGGUCUAGUAUAGCAACGAAUUGCUUGGAACCUCGUCUCGUUUUUGCGUCUUCGACACGCAUCGACGCACACACUUACGCCUGUCAGAAACAACACCACGACGCGACAUAUACCGCCCUGACGGAUCAGCCCUGAUCACGGCCGGCUUCUGACAAGAGCGCCGUCGCCAUCAUGGCUCUCAACCUCCCGCCCAUGGGCGGGAAAGACGGAGGGGCCCACACACAACCGUCGUUGCCCUCAUUGCCCAACCACCUGCAGUCCGACAGCCAUGCCACCUCCCACUUUGCCAGUCGUUUCCACGUCGGCCUCCCCAUCACACGCCUCUCCUCGCACGGCUUCAUUGCCCUCAACACCUUCUCGACCUCCAACAAGGGGGAUGGCACCAAGGACGGGUGCGCCGCGGCUGCUGCUGAUGAUCUCGCUGAGAGGGCGCUGCUUCGGUUGGGACACCGAUCAGAAAACCAGGCCGUCUUGUUCCUAGGUGAAACUGGAUCUGGAAAGACCACUGUUCGCUCGCACCUUCUGACCUCGAUUUUGAACCGGUCGUCCACUCCCCUGUCCCAAAAAAUCUCUCUCGCCGCCUAUGUCUUCGACACGCUCACCACCACAAAGACCGCGACGACGCCAACCGCGUCCAAGGCUGGUCUGUUUUACGAGCUCCAGUACAACACAGAAUCCACCACGACCCCUAUUCUUGCCGGUGCCAAGCUCCUGGACCACAGAUUAGAACGGAGCAGGAUAGCGGAUGUUCCCACGGGUGAGCGCAACUUCCACGUGCUGUACUACUUGUUGGCGGGUACGGGCCCGGCCGAAAAGACGCAUCUUGGCUUCGAUGUGCCGGCCACGCACAGAUGGAGGUACCUUGGUCACCCAACACAGCUCAAGGUUGGAAUCAACGAUGCCGAAGGUUUCCAGCUCUUCAAGACGGCUCUGAGGAAGCUCGAGUUCCCUCGGAGUGAGAUUGCCGAGCUUUGCCAGAUCAUGGCAGCCAUUCUGCACAUUGGCCAGCUCGAGUUUGAGACGUCGUCUAGCACAACGGUGACUGGUGAUGAGAGUGGUGGUUUCUCCCACGAAGGUGCUCAGACGUCUACUACGGUCAAGAACAAGGAUGUUUUGGGUAUUGUUGCCGCAUUCUUGGGUGUCAGCUCAGUGGAGCUUCAGACGACUCUUGGGUACAAGACCAAGAUGAUUCACAAGGAGAGAGUCACGGUCAUGCUCGACCCACAGGGCGCGAGAGGGAAUGCCAACGAGCUCGCCCGGACGCUCUACUCGCUUCUGGUGGCCUACAUCAUCGAGACGAUCAACCGCAAGCUCUGCGCUGAUGAGGGCACGUUCUCCAACACCAUCUCCAUCAUUGACUUCCCUGGCUUCCAGCAACAGUCUACCACCGGCUCGACCUUGGACCACCUUCUCACCAACGCCGCCAACGAGGCUCUGUAUAACCUUACCCUCCAAAACUUCUUUGACCGCAAGGGGGAGAUCCUCGAGACCGAAGAGGUGGUUGUUCCAUCAACCAGCUACUUUGACAACUCGGACGCCGUCAAGGGCCUUCUCAAGCCCGGCAACGGCCUCUUGAGCAUUCUCGACGAUCAAACCCGCCGACACCGCACCGAUAUCCAGCUUCUCGAGAGCUUCAGGAAACGCUUCGAAGGCAAGAACCCAGCCAUCCAGGUCGGUGCCUCCCAAGCCAAGCUUCCCGGUUCCAACUUUUACACCACAAACGAUGCCGCCAGCUUUGUUGUCAAGCACUUUGCCGGUGAGGUCGACUACCCGAUCAAGGGGCUGGUGGAAGAAAACGGGGAGGUCAUCUCUGGCGACCUGAUGAACCUGAUCAGGCAGAGCAAGAGCGAGUUUGUCGCCCGUCUGUUUGGCCAAGAGGCGCUGCAGACGGUGGUGCACCCUCAGGAAAGGCAGACUGUCAUGCAGGCGUCUGUCAGCUCCAAGCCGAUGCGCGCGCCCAGUAUCAUGUCCAAGCGCGGGCGCCCAGGUGCGGCGCGUCAGCCUCGCGUUUUGCCUGUUCCUGAAAGAGGAGAUGCCUCUGAUCAGGGGAGUGAGAUUGGUGAGGGCAAGGGAGCGGGUUCUCUCAUGGGCUCGGAGCAAGGGGCGUCGGGGCAGUUUUUGGCUGCGCUGGACAAUGUCACGCGUGCUUUUAAUGCUCCGGGCACGAACUGCUACUUUGUUUUCUGUCUCAAGCCGAAUGAUAGGAGGAUCGCGAAUCAGUUCGAUACCAAGUGUGUGCGGGCUCAGGUCCAGACGUUUGGUAUCUCUGAGAUCAGCCAGCGGAUUCGGUCUGCUGAUUUUAGCCUGUUCCUGCCGUUUGGGGAGUUUUUGGGACUUGCUGAUGCGCAGACGGUGCUGGUGGGGAGUGAGAGGGAGAAAGUUGAGAUGGUUGUGGAGGACAAGAGGUGGCCGAGUAAUGAGGUGGCUAUUGGUGCUACUGGCGUGUUUCUCAGUGAGAGGUGCUGGAUGGAGAUUGCCCAGCUGGGUGACGGCUUCUCGCAGGGGCCGUAUACGGAUGGCGGAGACGGGGUGUCUAACCCUUUCCUGUCCAAGGAGCGGCUGCCAUUGUCCGCGGGCGCUACUCCCGGUAGCAUCCCAAGCGAAAAGAAGGCCGGUUACUUUGGCAGCAAUGAUGUGGAUGCAAGGUCCGACGCUGGGGUCUCGGUCAUGGGCAACGGCGACAUGUUCCAGAACCUUGAGACGAGAGAACAGAUGGCGGAGCGUGGCAACGAAAAGACGAUGGAGGAGGUUGAGGUGUACAAGGACAGCCCGAGCCGCAAGCGUUGGGUGUUUGUCGUGUACUUCUUGACCUGGUUCAUUCCUGACUUCUUGAUCAGAUGGUUGGGCCGCAUGUCACGAAAGGAUGUGCGCAUGGCAUGGAGAGAAAAGUUGGCCAUCAACAUGAUCAUCUGGUUCUCUUGUCUUGUUGCUGCCUUUUUCAUCGUCGGUUUCCCCAUGCUUAUCUGCCCGCGCCAGCACGUCUACAGUCCCGAGGAGCUUUCGCGGUAUGAUGGCAAGGACGACAAUCCCGCCUAUGCUGCCAUUCGUGGCCAGGUCUUCGAUAUCGGUGCUUUCUACCCGCGCCAUUACCCUGGUAGGGAUGUUCUCCCUGAGAAGAUGCUCAAGCAGUACGGCGGCAUGGAUAUCACCGGUCUGUUCCCCGUGCAAGUCUCUGCUGUUUGCCAGGGCCAGUAUGGCGAAAUCGAUCCUGCUGUCCAGCUAGACUACCGCAACACCAACCUCACUGGCUCUGCCAACAUUCUUAACCGCGAGGAUACCAACUGGAAAUACCACGACUUCCGUCACUUCACCAACGACAGCAGACCGGAUUGGUUCUCGCAGCAGAUGCGUAUGCUCCGUGAUUCGGGAUACAAGGUUGGAAAUAUCGGUUACUCGGCCGAGUAUGUCCGCACACUUGCCAACAAGGGUGAGGCCAUUGCCAUCCUGGACGGCCGUGUCUACGACAUGACUAGAUACCUGAAGGGUGGUCGUGGCCAGAGGAAUCCUCCUGGUGAACCCGAGCCUACUGAUCGCGAGGCCUCCGAGUUCAUGCACGAGCAGGUCGUCGGUUUAUUCAGCGGACGCUCUGGCGAGGAUGUCUCGGCCCUCUGGGAAGGGAUGGAUCUUGACGCUGGCAUGAAGAGCAGGAUGCGCUUGUGUCUCGACAAUCUCUUCUACGUGGCUGAUGUCGACACACGUAGCUCGGCGCAGUGCAAGUUCUCGGAAUACCUCGUCCUGUCCAUCUCGAUUUUGCUGGCUUCCGUUAUCGCCUUCAAGUUCUUUGCUGCUUUGCAGUUUGGUACCAAGAAUAUCCCAGAGAAUCUCGACAAGUUUGUCAUGUGUCAGAUUCCGGCUUAUACCGAAGACGAAGAGUCUCUCCGUCGUGCCAUCGAUUCGGCUGCUCGCAUGCGGUACGAUGACAAGCGCAAACUGUUGGUUAUUGUCUGCGAUGGUAUGAUCAUCGGUCAAGGCAACGAUAGGCCCACCCCCCGUAUUGUCCUCGAUAUCUUGGGUGUUUCUGAGACGGUCGACCCUGAGCCCUUGAGCUUUGAGUCUUUGGGUGAAGGUCAGAAGCAGCACAACAUGGGCAAAGUUUAUUCUGGUUUGUACGAGGUCCAGGGUCACAUCGUUCCUUUCCUGGUCGUCUCCAAGGUCGGCAAGCCUUCUGAAGUCUCGCGACCUGGCAACCGUGGCAAGCGUGAUUCUCAGAUGAUCAUCAUGCGCUUCCUCAACCGCGUCCACUACAACCUUGCCAUGAGCCCUCUCGAACUCGAAAUGUACCACCAGAUCCGCAACAUCAUUGGCGUCAACCCGACCUUUUACGAGUAUUUGCUUCAAAUCGACGCUGAUACCGUUGUGGCUGCUGAUUCGGCUACCCGCAUGGUCUCCUCCUUCCUCGACGACACCCGUCUCAUUGCCGUGUGCGGUGAGACAGCCCUGACCAACGCCAAAUCGUCCUUCGUCACCAUGAUCCAGGUCUACGAGUACUACAUUUCUCACAACUUGUCCAAGGCCUUCGAAUCCCUCUUCGGCUCCGUCACCUGCUUGCCCGGUUGUUUCUCCAUGUACCGCAUCCGCGCCGCCGAGACGGGCAAGCCGCUGUUUGUCAGUCGCGAAAUCAUCGAGGGCUACGCCACCAUCCGUGUCGACACGCUUCACAUGAAGAACUUGCUGCACCUGGGUGAGGAUCGCUACCUGACGACGUUGCUCCUCAAGUACCACUCCAAGUACAAGACCAAGUACAUCUUUUCCGCGCACGCCUGGACCAUCGCGCCCGAUUCCUGGACUGUGUUUUUGUCCCAGCGCCGCAGAUGGAUCAACUCUACCGUUCACAACCUGAUGGAACUUAUCCCUCUGAAUCAGCUCUGCGGCUUCUGCUGCUUCAGCAUGAGGUUCAUCGUGUUCAUCGACUUGAUGUCCACCAUUGUCCAGCCUGUCACGAUCGCCUACAUCGUCUACCUCAUCGUCAUGGUCACCCAAAAGGCGACCGUCAUCCCUGUUACCGCCUUUGUCCUUCUCGGAGCGAUCUACGGCCUGCAGGCCAUCAUCUUUAUCCUCCGUCGCAAGUGGGAGAUGAUUGGGUGGAUGAUUCUGUACGUCCUCGCCAUUCCCGUGUUCAGCUUUGCCCUGCCGCUGUAUGCCUUUUGGCACAUGGACGACUUCAACUGGGGCAACACUCGUGUCAUCGCCGGGGAGGACGGCAAGAAAGUCGUCAUUUCCGACGAGGGCAAAUUCGACCCGAGUUCCAUUCCAAGAAAGAAGUGGGAGGAGUAUCAGGCUGAGCUUUGGGAGGCGCAAACUUCGCGCGACGACGCGAGGUCGGAGGUGUCGGGUUUUUCGUAUGCGACCAAGCAUCCUGUUGCCGUGUCGGAGUAUGGGUAUGUGCCCUCCCGCCCGGUGAGCACGACGGGGUAUCACCAGAACCAGAGCCGGAUGAGCCUGGCGGCGUCGGAGAUGCUCAUGGCGGGGAACAGGCAGAGCCAGUUUGGGGGUAGCCAGUUUUUGGGUGUGGGUGCUGGGAGCCAGCAGGAGCUGGAGAUGACGAACCUGGCGGGGAUGCCGAGCGAUGAGGCGUUGCUGGCGGAAAUUAGGGAGAUUUUGAGGACGGCGGACCUGAUGACUGUGACGAAGAAGCAGAUCAAGAUGGAGCUGGAGAGGAGAUUUGGGGUGCCGCUUGAUGGGAGGAGGGCGUUUAUUAAUUCGGCCACUGAAGCGAUUCUCUCUGGGAACUUGUAAAACUGAACUGAAGAUGGGGAGGGUGAGGGGGUGUUAAACUGUUAAAACUAAUCAUAUAAUGUUUUGCAUAUCAUUUUUUUGAAGUUCUUGGGGCGCGAAAAGAAAAAGAAGGAUAUGUUUUUUUGAGGAUUUGUCUUGUCUCUCUGUCUGUCUCUGGCUGUCUCUGGCUGUCUAUCUCUAAGGAUUUCCUUGUUAUAUUCGUCUUUUGGUUAUGUGAUAAGGGGGUUUAUUUUAUCAUUGAUGUGUGG